UCCUCUUUGUAGAGAGCCAGAAAGCGCUUUCCACAAACUUCCUUCUUCCCCUGAAACUCUCCCAACUUCUUGGUUGCCCCUCCUUCCUUUUCCCCAAUUCUUCUGAGGGAGAUGAUGAGUUCUCGCAUGGCUGGGUCUGCCCUCAUCCGGCAACUCGGCCCCCGCCUCUUCUCCGCCGGCGCCACCCGCGCCGCCGCUGCUGGCGAGCCCUCGUACACGCUCCUGCUGACGGGAUCCGCCGGCCCAGCUGCCGCGAAGCCGCCCGUGGCGGCGCUGAUGCGGCUGUUCCCGGCGCGGAUGGCCAGCACCACGGCGGCAGCUCCGGCGGACGGAAGCGAGGAGGCGUCGGAGCCGUCGAAGUCCGCCGCCGCCGCCGAUGCCGCCAAGGAGCCCUCCGCCGCCCCUGCCAACGAACGGAAGGCGAUCACGAGCUAUUGGGGCAUCAACCCCAACAAGGUCGUCAAGGAGGACGGCACCGAGUGGAGGUGGUCCUGCUUCAUGCCGUGGGAGACGUAUAAGGCGGAUCUGACGAUCGAUCUAAAGAAGCACCACGUUCCGACGACGUUUCUCGACAAGCUUGCGUACUGGACCGUGAAGACGCUUCGUAUCCCCACCGAUAUCUUCUUCCAGAGGCGUUACGGGUGCCGGGCGAUGAUGCUGGAGACGGUGGCGGCGGUGCCGGGGAUGGUCGCCGGCAUGCUGCUCCACCUGCGCUCCCUCCGCCGGUUCGAGCACAGCGGCGGCUGGGUCCGUGCUUUGUUAGAAGAGGCCGAGAACGAGCGGAUGCACCUGAUGACCUUCAUGGAGGUGGCGAAGCCUCGUUGGUACGAGCGCGCGCUGGUCAUCGCCGUCCAGGGGGUCUUUUUCAACGCCUACUUCGUGGGAUACCUCCUCUCCCCCAAGUUCGCCCACCGCGUCGUCGGCUACCUCGAGGAGGAGGCCGUCCACUCCUACACCGAGUACCUCAAUGACCUCGACGCCGGCAAGAUCGACAACGUCCCCGCCCCCGCCAUCGCCAUCGACUACUGGCGCCUCCCCCGUGACGCCACGCUCAAGGAUGUCGUCACCGUUGUCCGCGCCGACGAAGCCCACCACCGCGACGUCAACCACUUCGCCUCGGAUGUUCAUUACCAAGGGAUGAACCUGAAGGAGGCGCCGGCGCCGCUCGGUUACCACUGAAUUGCUGCUGCUGAGCUUGAUCUCGGUAAUGAGAUGAUGGAGGUAUUGAGAGAUAAGAACUGAACUGCAUAAGCAAUCUAUGAAUAAAGUCUCUGAUAUAGUGUAUAGAGAGGCUUGUUUUGUUCUGUUUUAUUACUGACUGCAUCUUCUUAUAAGGAUUUGAUGAUGUAUUGCAUAACCUGGUUCAUGUUUCGUUGGGUGGGUCUGUUCAUAUAGAUUGCCAGCUGUCAUCUAUUUUUGGAGCUUGUAUAUAUUUCUUUGCUUCAUUGAAAUUUGUAAAGUUCUGCUAUUUUCUUCUUGCAAAAA